UGCCGCUCCGGCCGCGGCUCCUCCCGAGGGCCGGUUCCCGCUGUCUCUGCCGCGGCACCAGGGGCACACCGGCGUAACUGACGAGCUGGCCGCUGGCACUGGCAGCUGCCGCGUACGUUGGGAACCCGGGACCGAGUCGUCCAGCCGCGCCCCUAGCCCCUGGCCCUGGCGGGCGCCCGGCUGGCGAGCCGCGCUCCGGCCCUUCCCGGGCGGCGACGCAGCCACAGCCCGCGCCCAGACACAGAUGUGGGAAGAUAAAUGAAGGGGUCUAGAAGUAAAAUAAACGUCAGUGGAAAGGACAGCUACCAUCACUAAGGGCUGAAAACAGUGAAGUCACUUUCAGAGUUAAAAGACUAUUAAGAACACAAGAUGGGGACUCCUGGUUCUGGAAGGAAAAGAACACCUGUGAAAGACCGAUUUUCUGCAGAAGAUGAAGCUUUGAGUAACAUUGCCAGAGAGCACUCUCAUCAUUCCUUUGAUCGGAAAUGGGGACAGAUUCAGAAGUGGCUGGAAGAUUCGGAAAGGGCCAGGUAUUCUCACCGGUCCAGUCAUCAUCGUCCUUAUCUGGGAGUUGAGGAUGCAUUGUCCAUUCGAAGUCUUGGCAGUCACAGGUAUGAUGUGCUCAAGGAUAGAUCAUCAAGACUUUCAUCAUUAAAUCAUUCUUACAGUCACUCUUGUGGAAUGAAGAAGAGGUCUUCUGGUUCUCGUAAAGACCUGCUGAGUGGCCUCUACUUUGACCAGAGAAACUAUAGCAGUCUUAGACAUAGCAAACCCACCUCUGCCUACUACACUCGGCAGUCUUCUUCCCUGUACAGUGAUCCCCUGGCGACAUCUAAGAGUAACAGGGCCUCCCCUACUGCAAGUUCUGGUCUGCUGAGAAGUGCCAGUCUGGCAUCAUUGUACAGUGGUGGAUCAUAUAACCCUUAUGGUUCUCGAACUCCAUCUGAAUACAGUUACUACUCAUCAAGAACAAGUUCAUCCCGAAGCAGUCCCGUGUUUACCAAUGAUGACAACGAGAGCAUUGUGUCUUCUGAUCGUGCCAGUCGUGAGCGAAGGGAGAGUGUGUUGGAUGAAAAAUCUGACAAACAGUAUGCUGAAAAUUAUACCAGACCUUCAUCUCGAAAUUCUGCCUCGGCAACAACCCCUUUAAGUGGAAACUCAUCCAGACGAGGAAGCGGGGACACCAGCAGCUUGAUAGAUCCAGACACCUCAUUAAGUGAAUUGCGGGAUAUCUAUGACCUUAAGGACCAGAUACAGGAUGUAGAAGGGAGAUACAUGCAGGGGCUUAAAGAACUAAAGGAGUCUUUGUCUGAAGUGGAAGAAAAAUACAAGAAAGCCAUGGUUUCUAAUGCACAGUUAGACAAUGAGAAGAACAAUUUGAUCUAUCAAGUAGACACACUCAAGGAUGUUAUUGAAGAGCAGGAGGAACAGAUGGCAGAAUUUUAUAGAGAAAAUGAAGAAAAAUCAAAGGAGUUAGAAAGGCAGAAACAUAUGUGUAGCGUGUUGCAACAUAAGAUGGAUGAACUUAAAGAAGGUCUUCGGCAAAGAGACGAACUUAUUGAGGAGAAUCAGCGUACGCAGCAGAAACUAGACACCAAGACAAAAGAGGUGUUUGACCUCCAGGAGACACUUCUUUGGAAAGAUAAAAAAAUUGGGGCCCUAGAGAAACAAAAAGAAUACAUUGCCUGCCUUAGGAAUGAGCGAGAUUUGCUCAGAGAGGAGCUGGCUGCCCUGCAGGAGACAGUGAAGACGGGAGAGAAACAUGGCUUAGUUAUAAUCCCCGAUGGCACUCCCAAUGGUGAUGUCCGUCAGGAACCAGUGGUUGGAGCCAUCACUGUUGUGUCUCAGGAAGCUGCUCAGGUCUUGGAGUCGGCAGGAGAAGGGCCACUAGAUGUACGGCUACGAAAACUUGCUGGAGAAAAGGAAGAGCUGUUAUCACAGAUUAGAAAACUGAAGCUGCAGUUAGAGGAAGAACGACAGAAGUGCUCCAGGAAUGAUGGCACAGUGGGUGACCUGGCAGGACUACAGAAUGGCUCAGACUUGCAGUUCAUUGAAAUGCAGAGAGAUGCCAAUAGACAAAUUAGUGAAUACAAAUUUAAGCUUUCAAAAGCAGAACAGGAUAUAACCACCUUGGAGCAAAGUAUUAGCCGGCUUGAGGGACAGGUGCUGAGAUAUAAAACUGCUGCUGAGAAUGCUGAGAAAGUAGAAGAUGAACUAAAAGCAGAAAAAAGGAAGCUACAACGAGAGUUACGAACAGCGCUGGACAAGAUUGAGGAGAUGGAGAUGACCAACAGCCACCUGGCCAAGCGGCUGGAGAAGAUGAAGGCCAACAGGACAGCACUUCUGGCCCAGCAAUAGGGAGGCCACCCUUUGACCUGGGCGCUGCUCCUUGGGGCCCUGCCCAGAGGAACUGACUUUUUGUCCAUUGAAAGAAACCCCUUUCAGUAGUACUGUUUGAGUUUUGUCAUUAAAAUAGCCACCUUUGUAUUUUAUAAUUUAUGAGAGAAUGAAGCAGGUUUGAAUCUUCAUGAAUGAACACUUGGAUUUUGUUUGUAGUUUGAUUUGAGACUAAGAACCAGUCCAUACUGUUGUUAUUUUUUAUUUCCGUAAUUUUAGAAUCACGUUUACUCAACACUUUCCCCCAACUGCCUCAGUGACUGGGCACUCCGAGGCCUAGGCAUGGGUUGUGGAGGACAGCAGUUCCAUGAGUGCUCACUGAGAUGCUUGCUGGAGACCUCAGAAAACACAAGUGCCUUCUCCACGGUGCAAUUCAGACUUCAGUGAUCUCCAGUGGUCAAAAGACAUUUACCCUUAAUAUCAGAUAGCAUUUAUAUUUUGGUGAAGAAACAAGUUCACAGAUGGGGAAUCUAUGUUUCACUCAAAUUUGUAUGUUUGGAGGAAAAAGCCUUUUUUGGUAAAAUAUUUAAAUUUAUAUAAGAAAAUGUUAGGAAAAAAUAUGGGGAGUGUUAUAUAAAACUUGCUUUAUUGCAUGGGGCAGGGAAGUCCAAGGGCUAAUACUCUUUAAGAGUAGGGUCCUUAUUCUUCAAUAGUAACUGUGCUGUACCUUGUAAAGUAUUUCAUCUGCUGCUUAUUUGUGGAGCAAAACCUCAGACAAGCUGAAGGGGGAGGGAAGGGCAGGGUAGGCAGGUAUGGAAUCUGCCUAAAGAUUCUAUUAAACACACCCUUUUGCCAACCAC